UCCGGGAAAAAGCCUUGGCAGUGCCAUGAGUGUGGGAAAGCCUUCAGUUACUAUUCAGCCUUCAUCCUGCAUCGGCGGAUUCACACUGGCGAGAAGCCCUAUGCAUGUCCAGCCUGUGGGAAGGCUUUCAGCCGCAGCUCCUCACUUCUGCAGCAUCAGAGGAUUCACACCGGCGAGAAGCCCUAUAAGUGUACUGAGUGUGGGAAAGCCUUCAGCCACCGGUCGGCUCUGGGCCAGCACCAGCUCCUCCAUUCUGGCGAGAAGCCCUAUGAGUGUCUGGAAUGCGGCAAAGCCUUCCACCAAAGCACGUGCCUCCGGCAGCACUACCGAACGCACAGCAGAGAGAAACCUUAUGAAUGCAAGGAAUGCGGAAAACCGUUCCGUGGUAUGGCCUCUCUUCUCAGACACCAGAGGGUUCACACCCGGCAGAAACCCUAUGGUUGCAGGGAAUGCGGAAAGGCCUUUAGCAACCGGCCAGGCCUUACCCAGCAUCAGAGGACUCAUACAGGUGAGAAACCCUAUGAGUGCAGAGAGUGUGGGAGAGCAUUCACCUACUUCUCUGCUCUGAUUCAGCAUCAAGGAACCCACACCGGAGAGAAACCCUACAAAUGCAGUGACUGUGGGAAGGCCUUUGGUGACCGCUCAGCCCUCGUGAGACACCAGAGGAUCCAUACUGGGGAGAAGCCGUACCAGUGCAGAGAAUGUGAGAAAGCCUUCAGCCAGAGCUCGUCUCUCACCAAGCAUCUGCGAACUCACACCGGGGAGAAGCCGUACCAGUGCUGUGUCUGCAGCAAAGCCUUUAGCCAGAGUUCAUCUCUCAUUCAGCACCAGAAAACCCACACUGAAGGAAAAUCCUGCAAGUGUGAGAAGCGGAAGAGAGGUCGAGGGAUGCGUUCAGCUGUUUAUUCACACAAAGAAGUCCUCAGUGGCUAAAGUGAAGUU